AUGCGAGUGGUAUACCCCUUGAAUUGCCUAGUCUCAAAACCCUCUAUCUCUCUGAGGGUUCCUUGCCACAGUGCACGCACUUCCUUCGUCAAGUCGCCACCCGACAACUAUCGCACAUCAAUAUCAGCUAUCGUGGAUCUGCUAGCCCGGCCGAAGUCACCGCAGCAUCCUGAUUAUCUGCUCGUCAUCCCACUCCACUCCGAAAGUUUCCGGCCAUCGUUCAAGUUCAAGGGGCUGUCGUCUGUCAAAUUCAUCGGCAUUGGAAAUUUCGAACUUGACGAUAGUUUCCUCAAUGAUGUCCCAGUUGCCUGGCCGGGUAUCCAGGAAUUGAAGUUCAUCUCCUGGAAGAGACGGGCCUCUUAUAGCGUCACCUUCACCGCCAUGAUAUCAUUGGCGUCAAGGUGCAGAUCGCUGCAGACCCUACAUCUGACGGUGGAUGCUACGCAAUCGACGACGAUUCCUCGAGCCCCGGGCGGGACCGAGAAGCUUUGGCCUACGCAAACCACCCUUCGCAACCUGCAUCUUGGGUACUCCCGGGUGUCGGAAGUUGCACACAUACCAUAUUUUCUGGCCGAUGUAUUUCCAACUCUAUGGGAUUUCAAAUUUUACGAGCGUUACGUGAGGAAUUGCGCUGCCGAUAUUGAUCUGCGAUUAGCACUGGAGGAAGCAUAUUCGCAACUAAUGACGCUUCGGAACUCCCCUUACGACAAUUCGGAUAAGCUAUGGGAGACUGAUUCAGACGACAGUGGGACGUGAGAAGCGUAGGAGUGGAUGUUCCAUCGUAACACAAUCGAGGCUGUAUUUUGUAUUUAGACUAGAG